AUGCUACGAUAUGACAAUAUCCUCAAAUUCGCCCUCGUUCCGUCGAUCGUUUUUCUCCUUCUCUCGGUAGUCUCGGUGGCGUUGACAACGCAUUACUGGAUUCUUACAGACUGGGUUAUUCCGCGAGGUCUCAAAGUAGUAACGAGCGAGUUCAAUGACCGGCUGCAACAAUAUGUCGUCGAUGACACGAUUGUCUAUUUCAGAGAGGCGCCGACAGAUGCCACUAUUGUAUCCGGAUGCUUGAACCUGACGGCAGCCGUGGUGGCUCUUAUUGCUUGGAGUACUCUGCGCAAGCCGGACAUGGACUCGCAAUACAACAGCAGCACACGUCGCUUCUGGAUGCUCAGUAUUGUUGUUACCACUAUUGCUGGUUCUGCCACGGCUAUCGCAGCUGUCGUGCUUCACUACACCGAGCGAGGCGACGACAAGUGGGGCUGCACUUCCGAAAGGCUCAUGAUGAGUGGUCAAAUGAACACCAACGUGUACUGUACGCGCGAGAUGGCAACCUGCAAUUACCAACCGGGCUUCAUCCCAAGGGGAGACCGUGAAAAUGCCAGCGUAGCAUGUGCCGAGGCGGUUACCGUCAAGUGGUUGCAGAUCGUAAUGACCGUGAACGCGCUGAUACUGCUGGUGAUGUUCUCUCUGCAAGCAUUCUUACGAAGAAAGUCACGACAAGCACGAUUGAAUGAACCCGUACCGGAGGAAAAGAUGGAGGAAAGCAGCUAA